AUGAAAAAGAACAAAGAAGCCUCGGAGGUGCGGGAGAAGUUUCGGUACCGCUUCCUCGACAUCACGAGCACCGCCGUUUCGGAGGAACAGGUCUGUUCGGAGUUCAAUUUCAACAUUGUUGUCACUUAUUGCAGCUCGUUCGCAGAAGAGCUGCCAACCAAGAAGGAAGUGGAGGACUGGGCAGUGGAGGAAGCAGGUGUGCUAAGAUCCUUCGCCUCCUGGGCAUGUGCUCGGACUCGCCGCAACAAGGACACAAGGCCACCGUGA